UGCUGCACUUGUACUAAACACAUACAAAAUUGUACAACAAAUACAAAACGAAACGUUAAAUUAGUGAUUAUUAUCCAAAGACAAGAAACAGAAGUAUAGAUGUACCUUUCGAAAACUACAUGAUGUAUCAGGUAAUGCAUGGAUUUUCAGAAAGGAAUAAUAACGAUUGCAAGUGACAGUUGAAAUAAAUGGGGUCCGAUAGCGAAGUACCCGAAGAUGAGGAAGAAAUUCUUGUAUACGUGGAAUUUGAAGGACUCGUCGACGAUAAUGUAUUUAGCGAAGAACAAUUGCAAUUGGAUAUGAUUGGUAUAGACACAGAUCAUCCGAUAAUGCAAAUCAAUGGGAAAUUUUAUGAAGGUACUUAUGAAGAUGUUUGCGGUACUUAUAUGUUUUUUAUGAAGAGUGACAAUUCCACGGUAGAAGAUCCUGUCUUCGAUGUCCCCUCGAAUUUAAAAUAUUUUGGUAAAACUAGAAAGUUUCUAAAGAUGCAAAGAAUUUUUCUAAAACCUAGAACUGAAGUUCUCGGUGAUUCUAAGCAUCCUAAAUGUAUUCCUAAUUUGAAUACGGUUAAAGAGGCUGGAGUACCUGGUCGAUAUCAAACAGAAGCUCUUUCUUUUUGGAAGACUUUGCGCAACAAUAGAUUACAUGCAUUGCAAUCGUAUUUAGAAAAACAACGAAUAAGACAACAGAAAAAAUCUCAAGGUUUAACAUUAGAAUCUGAAUCCGACGAAGAUAAUCCUUUCGCCGUGUAUAGACACAAAGAAGAACUCGAUAAAACAAACGAACCCGAAGACGUUCGCUAUCGAUCGGAAGAAGAGUCGAGUUAUUGCGAUGACGAGCUCUACUCUAAAUUUAAGUUUCCUAAAGGAAUUGCCAAUGAAACUAUAGAUACAGCUGAAGAUAGUUGCGAGAAAAAUCUCAAGGAACUUGAGAAUUUAUUAGAAUCUGAAUCAUCGAUCGUAAAAGAUGGUGGUAGUUCCUCAGUUAGAUCCGUAAAGGCGUAUAAAACUAGGACAUUUCGAAAGAAAAACACUGGCAAAGCUAUACAAAGAAUAAAAAAUAAAAAAACACAAAUCUCGUUAAAAGAUAAAAAUAUAUCGCUUGAUAAAAAAGAUAGAGAAUCUUUAAAUAUGAAAGAGACAUUGGAUGAAAUGAAUAGAUCCGAUAAUACUGAAACUUUAGAUACGUUAGAUAUUGCAAAAGAUGAAAAUGAAGCGUUAAUUGACGAGCAUGAAGCUAAGUUAAUUGAAAAGUCUGAAGCGGAAAUUAAUCAAGCAGAUUCUACUAAUUGCAAAACUGUAAAACUACUUAAGCGAGAAGCAAAGAUGAAAGAGAUUUUGGAAAAGUUGAAAGCAAUGGCAAAAGAACAUACAAACGCAACCAAAGAUUAAUAUAAAUGUACGUUCACUAAAUUUUUAUAUCCAAAUGUAUGUAUUAGUUUUACUUGCCAACAAUUUUUAUUUUUUUCAUACCUCAUCUAUUAAUUUUUUCUUAAUUAAUGUCACAUGGACAAAUUCUAAUGGUUAUUAAAUGUAAAUUUAUUUACUUUUUUGUAUGUAUUCUUUUAAUUAAAUUCUUUUGUAAAGUGAACAA